GGCCUCACCUUUUUGCUGACCCAUGAAAGAAGCCAUGCCGGUCCUCUCAGCAGGCACAGGUAGGAUGAAAUACACCACACAUGCUGCGAAUCUCAGGCUUACUAUGUAGCUCAGUUGGCCAGGGUAGUGGGUUUGAUUCCCAGGACCACCCAUACGUAAAAUGUAUGCACGCAUGACUGUAAAUCGAUUUGGAUAAAAGCGUCUGCUAAAUGGCAUCUAUUAUUAUACACUGCUCAAAAAAAUUAAGGGAACACUUAAACAACACAAUGUAACUCCAAGUCAAUCACACUUCUGUGAAAUCAAACUGUCCACUUAGGAAGCAACACUGAUUGACAAUACAUUUCACAUGCUGUUGUGCAAAUGGAAUAGACAACAGGUGGAAAUUAUAGGCAAUUAGCAAGACACCCCCAAUAAAGGACUGGUUUUGCAGGUGGUUACCACAGACCACUUCUCAGUUCCUAUGCUUCCUGGCUGAUGUUCUGGUCACUUUUGAACGCUGGCGGUGCUUUCACUCUAGUGGUAGCAUGUGACGGAGUCUACAACCCACACAAGUAGCUCAGGUAGUGCAGCUCAUCCAGGAUGGCACAUCAAUGCGAGCUGUGGCAAGAAGGUUUGCUGUGUCUGUCAGCGUAGUGUCCAGAGCAUGGAGGCGCUACCAGGAGACAGGCCAGUACAUCAGGAGACGUGGAGGAGGCCGUAGGAGGGCAACAACCCAGCAGCAGGACUGCUACCUCCGCCUUUGUGCAAGGAGGAGCAGGAGGAGCACUGCCAGAGCCCUGCAAAAUGACCUCCAGCAGGCCACAAAUGUGCAUUUGUCUGCUCAAACGGUCAGAAACAGACUCCAUGAGGGUGGUAUGAGGGCCCAACGUCCACAGAUGGGGGUUGUGCUUACAGCCCAACACCGUGCAGGACGUUUGGCAUUUGCCAGAGAACACCAAGAUUGGCAAAUUCGCCACUGGCGCCCUGUGCUCUUCACAGAUGAAAGCAGGUUCACACUGAGCACAUGUGACAGACGUGACAGAGUCUGGAGACGUCGUGGAGAACGUUCUGCUGCCUGCAACAUCCUCCAGUAUGACCGGUUUGGCGGUGGGUCAGUCAUGGUGUGGGGUGGCAUUUCUUUGGGGGGCCGCACAGCCCUCCAUGUGCUCGCCAGAGGUAGCCUGACUGCCAUUAGGUACCGAGAUGAGAUCCUCAGACCCCUUGUGAGACCAUAUGCUGGUGCGGUUGGCCCUGGGUUCUUCCUAAUGCAAGACAAUGCUAGACCUCAUGUGGCUGGAGUGUGUCAGCAGUUCCUGCAAGAGGAAGGCAUUGAUGCUAUGGACUGGCCCGCCCGUUCCCCAGACCUGAAUCCAAUUGAGCACAUCUGGGACAUCAUGUCUCGCUCCGUUGCACCACAGACUGUCCAGGAGUUGGCGGAUGCUUUAGUCCAGGUCUGGGAGGAGAUCCCUCAGGAGACCAUCCGCCACCUCAUCAGGAGCAUGCCCAGGCAUUGUAGGGAGGUCAUACAGGCACGUGGAGGCCACACACACUACUGAGCCUCAUUUUGACUUGUUUUAAGGACAUUACAUCAAAGUUGGAUCAGCCUGUAGUGUGGUUUUCCACUUUAAUUUUGAGGGUGACUCCAAAUCCAGACCUCCAUGGGUUGAUACAUUUGAUUUCCAUUGAUAAUUUUUGUGUGAUUUUGUUGUCAGCACAUUCAACUAUGUAAAGAAAAAAGUAUUUAAUAAGAUUAUUUCAUUCAUUCAGAUCUAGGAUGUGUUAUUUUAGUGUUCCCUUUCUUUUUUUGAGCAGUGUAUAUUACAUUACUCUGAGGGCGUAAACAAAGAUGGAUCCCAGUUCCUUCACCCUCCCUCCUCUCCUCCUCCACAGGCCUGCACGAGACACUGGCCCUGCUGACAUCACAGCUGCGUCCUGAUGCCAACCACAAGGAGGACAUGGUCUUCCUCAAAGACAUCUUCAGUGAGAAGAGCCUGGGUUACCUCAUGAAGGUACACAUAAGACUGGGUGGCAGGGGUGCAAGUUUGGUUUUAGAAGUGGGGGGGGGGGGGGGGACAUAACUAUAUAUAUAUAUAUAUAUAUAUAUAUAUAUAUAUAUAUAUAUAUAUAGAUAUAUAUAUAUACAGUAUAUAUAUAUAUAAAGUAUAUAUAUUUUUUAAUCCAGUUGGAUAAACACUCCAAACAGCCUACCCGACCAUUCAGAGGCGUCUGCAUGGUCCUAAAGCACACCAUAGCCUUAUUUUGUAUCACAUUCCAAUGAUAAAACUGGGGGGGACAGAAAUACAGUGAAAGUUGCGCCUCUGCUGGGUGGCAAUGUUGCCAACGUUAAUGGAAGUUAUGGUACACUUAUGUGGUUUAAUUUGUGUAUGUGUGCGCGUGCGUGUGUGUGUUUGACCUCCCUGACCUCUCCUGUGAUUGGCUGUGUGUUGCAGAUCCAUGAGAAGCUGAGACAGUACGAGCGCCAGAGUCCUACACCUGUUCUUCACAGCGCUGCCUCUUUGGCUGAGGAUGUAAGUUCAACAAUGCAUGCACACACACACAAACAAAGAACACACACACCACACACACUGCCGAAGUGUGAAGCACCCGUCCAGUGGAGUCAGUCCCAGUGUGUUUGCUGAGACAGAGGAGAGGUAGAUUUUAUUUAUUUAUUUUUUAUUUAUUUUUUUUCACCUUUAUUUAACCAGGUAAGCCAGUUGAGAACAGGUUCUCAUUUACAACUGCGACCUGGCCAAGAUAAAGCAAAGUAGUGCAAUAAAAACAACACAGAGUUACAUAUGGGGUAAAAAAAACAAAGUCAGAAAUACAACAGAAAAUAUAUAUACAGUGUGUGCAAAUGUAGCAAGUUAUGGAGGUAAGGCAAUAAAUAGGCUAUAGUGCAGAAUAAUUACAAUAGUAUUAACACUGGAAUGCUAGAUGUGCAAGAGAUGAUGUGCAAAUGUGCAAAUAGAGAUACUGGGGUGCAAAAUAGCAAAAUAAAUAACAAUAUAGGGAUGAGGUAGUUGGGUGGGCUAAUUUCAGAUGGGCUGUGUACAGGUGCAGUGAUCGGUAAGGUGCUCUGACAACUGAUGCUUAAAGUUAUUGAGGGAGAUAAGAGUCUCCAGCUUCAGAGAUUUUUGCAAUUCGUUCCAGUCAUUGGCAGCAGAGAACUGGAAGGAAUGGCGGCCAAAGGAGGUGUUGGCUUUGGGAAUGACCAGUGAGAUAUACCUGCUGGAGCGCAGACUACGGGUGGGUGCUGCUAUGGUGACCAAUGACCUAAGAUAAGGCGGGGAUUUGCCUAGCAGUGAUUUAUAGAUGGCCUGGAGCCAGUGGGUUUGACGACGGACAUGUAGUGAGGACCAGCCAACAAGAGCGUACAGGUCACAGUGGUGGGUAGUGUAUGGGGCUUUGGAGACAAAACGGAUGGCACUGUGAUAGACUACAUCCAAUUUGCUGAGUAGAGUGUUGGAGGCUAUUUUGUAAAUGACAUCGCCGAAUGCAGGUAAUAAGGUAUGGAGAGUUAUGGAGUUACGGUAUGGUGAUGUGUUGUGGUCUGAAAGUGCUGAUUCAUGUAAACACUAAUGAGACUCUCUCCACAUCCUGCCUCUCCUCUCUCUCUUCACGCCAGUUCAUAGGAAAAGUGCUGAGCAAUAGCUCCUGGCUGCCUUUUCUCCUGUGUGUGUAUUUGUGUGUGCAAGCACACACUGCUUUAGGCAACAGCAGUGCAACUCUACAGUAUAUAUCUACACUAUCGUUCAAAAGUUCGGGGUCACUUAGACAUUUCCUUGUUUUCUAUGAAAACAUACAUGAAAUGAGUUUGAAUAGGAAAUACAGCAAAAUGAAUAGGAAAUAUCGUCAUUGACAAGGUUAGAAAUAAUGAUUUUUAAUUGAAAUAAUAAUUGUGUCCUUCAAACAUUGCUUUCGUCAAAGAAUCCUCCAUUUGCAGCAAUCACAGCCUUGCAGACCUUUGGCAUUCUAGUUGUCAAUUUGUUGAGGUAAUCUGAAGAGAUUUCACCCCAUGCUUCCUGAAGCACCUCCCACAAGUUGGAUUGGCUUGAUGGGCACUUCUUAUGUACCAUACGGUCAAGCUGCUCCCACAACAGCUCAAUAGGGUUAAGAUCUGGUGACUGUGCUGGCCACUCCAUUAUAGACAGAAUACCAGCUGACUGCUUCUUCCCUAAAUAGUUCUUGCAUAGUUUGGAGCUGUGCUUUGGGUCAUUGUCCUGUUGUAGGAGGAAAUUGGUUCCAAUCAAGCGCCGUCCACAGGGUAUGGCAUGGCGUUGCAAAAUGGAGUGAUAGCCUUCCUUCUUCAAGAUCCCUUUUACCCUGUACAAAUCUCCCACUUUACCACCACCAAACACCCCCAGACCAUCACAUCAUCACAUUGCCUCCACCAUGAUUGACGGAUGGCAUCAAGCGCUCCUCCAGCAUCUUUUCAUUUGGUCUGGGUCUCACAAAAAUUCUCUUUCCGAACACCUCAAACUUCGAUUAGUCUGUCCACAACACUUUUUCCCAAUCUUCCUCUGUCCAGUGUCUGUGUUCUUUUGCCCAUCUUAAUCUUUUCUUUUUAUUGGCCAGUCUGAGAUAUGGCUUUUUCUUUGCAACUCUGCCUAGAAGGUCAGCAUCCCAGUGUCGCCUCUUCACUGUUGACGUUGAGACUGGUGUUUUGCGGGUACUAUUUAAUGAAGCUGCCAGUUGAGGACCUGUGAGGCGUCUGUUUCUCAAACUAGACACUAAUGUAUUUGUCCUCUUGCUCAGUUGUGCACCGGGGCCUCCCACUUCUCUUUCUAUUCUGGUUAGAGCCAGUUUGCACUGUUCUGUGAAGGGAGUAGUACACAGUGUUGUACGAGAUCUUCAGUUUCUUGGCAAUUUCUCGCAUGGAAUAGCCUUCAUUUCUCAGAACCAGAUUAGACUGACGAGUUUCAGAAGAAAGUUAUUUGUUUCUGGCCAUUUUGAGCCUGUAAUCAAACCCACAAUUGCUGAUGCUCCAGAUACUCAACUAGUCUCAAGAAGGCCAGUUUUAUUGCUUCUUUAAUCAGCACAACAGUUUUCAGCUGUGCUAACAUAAUUGCAAAAGGGUUUUCUAAUGAUCAAUUAGCCUUUUUAAAAUGAUAAACUUGGAUUAGCAAACACAACGUGCCAUUGGAACACAGGACUGAUGGUUGCUGAUAAUGGGCCUCUGUACGCCUAUGUGGAUAUUCCAUUAAAAAUCAGCCGUUUCCAGCUACAAUAGCCAUUUACAACAUUAACAAUGUCUACACUGUAUUUCUGAUCAAUUUUAUGUUAUUUUAAUGGACAAAAAAAAUGCUUCUCUUUCGAAAACAAGGACAUUUCUAAGUGACCCCAAACUUUUGAAUGGUAGUGUAUAUUUGUUGAUUAUAUUCUAGACUAUUACUGCUAACAGUCUGCUACACUUUCAGUAUAUUUCUGUUACAGUUUUCAGUUAUUUCCCAAGCCCACACUGUUGGAAACACAGGUUUAUACUAGGUCAGAGGUCAUGGUCUGACUGACAGCUCUGUUGUGAUUGGCAGGUGGCAGAUGAGCUACAAAGUGGACCAAUGAGUGUUGAGGAGAAGGAACUCCUACAGCUGUUGACAUCCCCCCAUCUCAAGGUAAACAAAACAACACCCAUACACACAGAGAGACCUGGUUAUGGAAAGUGGGGUGGCUAUUCACGCAUCCAUUGUUAUUGGAUAGCUCUAUCUAUGUCAAUCUCUAUGUACACUGAGUGUACAAAACAUUAAGAACACCUGCUCUUUCCAUCACAUAGACUGACCAGGUGAAUCCAGGUGAAAGCUACGAUCCCUUAUUGAUGUCACUUGCAACUCAAUAUAAAAAAAAGGUGUUCCUAAUGUUUGGUAUACUCAGAAUGCAGUUCUGCAAUUCUAACAAUUCUAACUUUUCUCUCUGUCAUCUCUCAUCAGGCAGUUUUGUCCGUUCAUGACACGGUGGCCCAGAAGAACUUUGACCCUGUGUUGCCACCGCUGCCUGACGACUUCGAGGACGAGCUGGAGGAGGAGUCAGUGAAGAUCGUCAGACUGGUCAAGAACAAGGAACCACUGGUGAGUCAUGGUAGCAGAGAGGAUGACAGAGGGAUGGGGAAAGAGAUAAAAUGGGUGAGGUUGAGAGGAUGAGAGGAUGAGGGGAUGAGGAGAUAUAGGGAUGGGGGAAGUGGGACUGGGGCUGUGUUGAUUGAUUGAAGAGAAAAGAGGAAAGAACAGAAAGAAUAGAUGGGAAGAAUGAGGAUGCAAACCCAGGAUGAGGAAAUGAUAGAAAUAACCCCACAUAAACCCCCAUCCAUCUCUCUCUGUUCCAGGGGGCCACCAUCAGAAGGGAUGAGACCACAGGGUCUGUGAUCGUGGCCCGCAUCAUGAGGGGCGGGGCUGCAGACCGGAGUGGUGAGUGAUUGAGUCCCAUCCUGUCCCUCUCUGUGUCUGGUCUUAACCUAUACUGUCUGAUACGUCCUGAUUCAUCAUCCCCUCCCUUUGUAACUUGUACCAACAAGACAGGGAGUUUUUGUUGGUCUGUCAAAUGAGAUCUAUGGACUGCUCAGAUAAUAUUGCCAGACAUAAUGUGUCUGAAGGCAAGGCUAACCGAGAUUAUGUAACUUAGACAAAUAAUCAGAAGUCUGAUUAGAAAUGGCCUUCUAUGCAGCAGUAUACUUAAGCAAUAAGGCCCGAGGAGGUCUGGUAUAUGGCCAAUGUACCACGGCUAAGGGCUGUUCUUAGGCACGACACAACCCUUAGCCGUGGUAUAUUGGCUAUAUAUUACAAACCCCCGAGGUGCCUUAUUGCUAUUAUAAACUGGUUACCAACGUAAUUAGUGCAGUAAAAAUGCAUGUUUUGUCAUACCCAUGGUAUACGGUCUGAUAUACCAUGGCUGUCAGCCAAUCAGCAUUCAGGGCUCGAACCACCCAGUUUAUAAUGUAGCCUAAAGUAUGUCAGUGGGUAUAGAUUUGAAUGGUAACAUCCUGUAUAGAAAUUACAGCUGUGAGUAUCCUCAAUUAAUGAUACUGAGAUGGAGCAGAGAUGAAAGCAGCAGCAUAGUGAAAGACAGACAGACAGACAGAUGAGGAUCUCUGUGGUUAUCAGGCUAUUUGAAGCUGUGUUCUGGCUUUCCCCUGAGAGCCAAUCACAUAUCACACAUUACACACUCUCUCCAACGAGCUGACCGCUGCUGAUACCAUGGAAAUACCAUCUGCACAUUGGGAGUGAGACAUGAAUGUCUUUAAUAUGUUUGGUGCGUGUGUUUAGUGUGUAUGUGUGUGUGGGGGGGGGGGGGGGGGGUCAAUAGAAAAAGGGGCAUUACCAUCUGUCUGUUUCUCUGUACUGUACAUUAUGUGUAAGUUUGUUUCCUCAUAGCAUCCCUCUCUCCCUCUCUCCCUCUCUCCAUCUCUCCCGCUCUACCUCUCUCCCGCUCUGCCCUCCCUCCCUCUCUCCCUCUCUUCCCUCUCUCCUUCUCUCCCUCUCUCCCUCUCCCCCUCUCUGCCCUCCCUCCUUCUCUCCAUCUCUCCAUCUCUCCCUCUUCCUCUCUGCCCUCCCUCCUUCUCUCCCUCUCUCCCUCUCUCCUUCUCUCCUUCUCUCCUUAUCCCCCUCUCUGCCCUCCCUCCUUCUCUCCAUCUCUGCCCUCUCGCCUCCUACUCCUCUCCCCUCUCUCCCUCUCUUCUCCCUCUCUCCCUCUCUCCCCUCUCUCCCUCUCUCCCUCUCUGCCCUCUCUCCCUCUCUCCCCCUCUCUCCCUCUCUUCUCCCUCUCUCCCUCUCUGCCCUCUCUCCCUCUCUCCUCUUCCCCUCUCUCCCUCUCUCCCUCUCCCCUCUCUCCUUCCCUCUCUCCCUCUCUCCCUCUCCCUCUCUCCUCUCCCCUCUGCUCCCUCUCCUUCCCUCUCUCUCUGCCCUCUCUCCCUCUCUCCCUCUCCCUCUCUCCCUCUCUUCCUCUCUCCCUCUCUCCCUCUCUCCCUCUCGUGCCCUCUCCUCUCCCUCUCUGCCCUCUCUCCCUCUCUCCCUCUCCCCUCUCUCCCUCUCUCCCCUCCCUCUCUCCUCCCUCUCUCCCUCUCCCCUCUCUCCCUCUCUCCCUCUCCUCCCCUCUCCCUCCUUCCCUCUCUCCCUCUCUGCCCUCUCUCCCUCUCUGCCCUCUCUCCCUCUCUGCCCUCUCCUCUCUCCCCUCUCUCCCUCUCUCCCCUCCUGCCCUCUCUCUCCCUCCUCUCCCUCUCUCUCCCUCUCUCCCCUCUCUCCCUCUCUCCCUCUCGCCCUCUCUCCCUCUCUCCCUCUCUCCCUCUCUGCCCUCUCUCCCUCUCUCCCCCUCUCCCUACUCCUUGCCCUCUCGCCUCUCUCCCUCUCUGCCCUCUCUCCCUCCUCUCCCUCUCUGCCUUCUCUGCCCUCUCUCCCUCUCUCCCUCUCUCCCUCUCUCCCUCUCCUCUCCCCUCUGCCCUCUCUCCUCCUCUCCCUUCUCCCUCUCUCCCUCUCUGCCCCCUCUCCCUCCCUCUCUCCCUCUCUCCCUCUCUCCCUCCUCCCUCUCUCUCCCUCUCUCCCUCUCUCCCUCUCUGCCCUCCCUCUCUCCCUCUUCUGCCCUCCCUCUCGCCCUCUCUCUCCUCCCUCUCUCCCUCCCUCUCUGCCCCUCCCUCUCUCCCUCUCUGCCCUCUCUGCCAUCUCUCUCUCCCUCUCUCCCUCUCUGCCCUCCCUCUCUCCCUCUCUCGCUCUCUCCCUCACUCCCUCUCUGUGCAGUGUUGUAUUGAUCCUAUCUCUCAUCCCUCUUUGUCAGGUUUCACUGUUGUGACUGCAGUAGAUCAUGACUGAGGAGAGUGAUACCACCACUCCCAAACCUUAUUGUCCAUAUCUCAUACCAGACAAUAGUGAUAUGAUUUAUAUAGUACACCAGGAUCUCCUCGAUACACGAUAUGGUGUGAAACCCACAUGGCACCCUAUUCCCUAUACAGUCCACUACCUUUGACCAGAUUCUAUGGGCCCUGGUCAAAAGGAGUGCACUUUAUAGGGAAUAGGGUGUCAUUUGGAACACAGACAUAGAUCUCUACUACAUCUCUCCUGUUUUCUCCCCUCAACACCUCCUCCCCUCCAUCCAGGACUGGUCCAUGUAGGAGACGAGCUACGGGAGGUCAACGGCAUCUCCAUCAUUCACAAGAGACCUGAUGAGAUCAGUCAGCUUCUGGUAAGACUAGAGUAGAAUACUUUAUGUGUUCCUUAUUAUGUUAUAUCACUAGCACCAACAGCACUGUUUUCCUUUCAUUUCUGUUGUCAAUACAUGCACUAUCAACUCUGUAGGAAGAAACAGGAGUUCAAAUUGUGUUCAAAUUGUAUUUCUGUGAAGUUAACAUCCUGCUCCUCUCUGUGUUUGUCAUUCAGUCCCAGUCUCAGGGCUCCAUCACCCUGAAGAUAAUCCCAGCCAUUAAGGAGGAGGACCGUCUGAAGGAGAGCAAGGUGAGGAACACAACACAACUGUCUGGGCAUGCUCAGUACAGACAAACACAACACAACUGUUUGGGCAAGCUCAGCACAGACAAACGCAACACAACUGUCUGGGCAUGCUCAGUACAGACAAACACAAAACAACUGUCUGGGCAUGCUCAGUACAGACAAAUACAACACAACUGUCUGGGCAUGCUCAGUACAGACAAAUACAACACAACUGUCUGGGCAUGCUCAGUACAGACAAACACAAAACAACUGCUCUGGAAUGGAGGAAGGGUCAGAAUACUGAACAGCUUGGGUUCAGGCUCACACACACAGCAGUAGAGUCAAUGGCAGAUGAAUUAAACCAAUUUGUGCCAACAUGCACCGAGAAGUGUAGGUGUAAUUUCAGACAUGUUUCAGAAACACUGCAUGACCAAAAGUAUGUGGACACCUGCUCUUCGAACAUCUCAUUCCAAAAUCAUGGGCAUUAAUAUGGAGUUGGUCUCCCCUUUGCUGCUAUAACAACCUCCACUCUUCUGGGAAGGCUUUCCACUAGAUGUUGGAACAUUGCUGUGGGGACUUGCAUUCAUUCAGCCACAAGAACAUUAGUGUGGUCGGGCACUGAUUUUGGGCGAUUAGGCCUGGCUCGCAGUCGGCGUUCCAAUUCAUCGUAAAGGUGUUUGAUGGGGUUGAGGUCAGGCCUCUGUGCAGGCCAGUCAAGUUCUUCCACACCAAUCUUGACAAACGAUUUCUGUAUGGAACUUACUUUUUGCAUGGGGCAUUAUCAUGCUUAAACAGGAAAGGGCCUUCCCCAAACUGUUGCCACAAAGUUGGAAGCACAGAAUCGUCUAGAAUGUCACUGUAUGCUGUAGCAUUAAGAUUUCCCUACACUGGAACUAAGGGGCCUAGCCCCCGUACCAUGAAAAACAGCCCCAGACCAUUAUUCCUCCUCCACCAAACUUUACAGUUGGCACUAUGCAUUGGGGCAUGUAGCGUUCUCCUGGCGUCCGCCAAACCCAGAUUCGUCCAUUGGACUGCCAGAUGGUGAAGUGUGAUUCAUCACUCCAGAGAACGCGUUUCCACUGCUCCAGAGUCCAAUGGCGGCGAGCUUUACACCACUCCAGCCGACGCUUGGCAUUGCGCAUGGUGAUCUUAGGCUUGUGUGCGGCUGCUCGUCCAUGCAAACCCAUUUCGUGAAGCCCCCGACAAACAGUUUUUGUGCUGACGUUGCUUCCAGAGGCAGUUUGGAACUCGGUAGUGAGUGUUGCAACCAAAGACAGACGAUUUUUACGCUCUACGCGCUUCAGCACUCGGCGGUCCAGUUCUGUGAGCUUGUGUGGCCUACCACUUCGCUGCUGAGCCGUUGUUGCUCCUAGACGUUUCCACUUCCCAAUAACAGCACUUACAGUUGACCAGGGCAGCUCUAGCAGGGCAGAAAUUUGACGAACUGACUUGUUGGAAAGGUGGCAUCCUAUGACAGUGCCACGUUGAAAGUCACUGAGCUCUUCAGUAAGGCCAUUCUACUGCCAAUGUUUGUCUAUGGAGAUUGCAUGGCUGUGUGCUUCAUUUUAUACACCUGUCAGCAACGGGUGUGGCUGAAAUAGCCGAAUCCACUCAUUUGAAGGGGUGUCCACAUACUUUUGUAUAUAUAGUGUAUGUUGUAUGCACAUGUUCAUGCACACACACAGAAACAUGCACAGAUAGACUGUGAUUCUGAAAUCUAUUUGCAAAAGCAUCACUUUCCCUCUCUCUAGUUUGAGGUGAUGAGUCAAUUAUCUUCCAUACAUACCACAUGUAUUUCUGAGAUGGUUUAACAGUCGUGUCUGUGUGUGUGUGGUCUCUCAGGUCUACAUGAGGGCCCUGUUUGACUACAUCCCUGCUGAUGACAAGGCCACGCCCUGUCAGGAGGCGGGACUUCCCUUCAAGCGAGGUGACAUCCUGCAGGUGGUAACCCAGGAUGACCCCACCUGGUGGCAGGCCAAACGGGUGGGCGACAGCAACCUCCGUGCUGGACUCAUCCCCUCCAAACUCUUCCAGGAGAGGUGAGACUAUAGGCAGAGAAGUCCAUGGACAGGCGUUAGCUCAUAGCUCAGAGAAGAGUCUAAACAUGAAAAGAACCAGAUCAAGCCUAGUAGUUUCCUAAACCAGUAUGAUACUAUAUGUACUGUAUUAUAUUAUGCAUAUACUGUAUGACUCUUAUAUUAUGUACAGUAUGUGGACUGAAUUGCUUUCAAACAGUGCAGAUAUCGCCAUAGAGCGAUAGUCAUGUGCUCCACUUUGAGGGGUCAAAUGUGUUUUUAAAUCAAGUAUCAGAGCAGCUUGGAUCUUAACACAUUAUGCCAGUGUCAUAAUCCCUCAAUAGGAUGAAUACGUAAAUGUCGGGGGGAGUGCUGCAGUGGUGGUAUAAACACACCCAAGCCCCAACCCCAACCCACUGCCCACUCUGUAUUCAUCUUAGCUAAGCAGGGGGGAGCGAUACCAGGGCAGCCUCAUUGCGGACACACACACACACACACUCAAACACGUACACUGUGUUGGAUUAAUCAUGGUGGCUGAAAUACAGAAAGGGAACCUCAGCCAAGCCAUGGGUUUAAUCUCUCAUACUGGCUUUGCUCCUUUCACUGAUAACACAUAUGAGGCAGGGGUCAGUUUAUGUUAUAUCCUGUCUCUCAUGUUCUAAUCUUCUCUUUCAAUCUCUUUGCCUCCCUCCUUCACUGCCUCUCUUCCUCCUAUCUCUGUUUAUCUCUCUGACACUGUCAUGGUCUCUCUCUUUCUCUCUCCCCCCCUCUCUCCCUCUUAUUUCUUCUCUCUUUCUUUCCUCCUUACAUUUUCUCAGACGGCUGGCCUACCGGAUCAAAAUGGGCACACUUCCGAACCCUAAAUCCCCUAAAAAUCUGACCUGUAAGUUUCCACAAAAAGGUGCUAUCUAGAACCUUAAAGGGUUCUUUGGCUGUCCCCAUAGGAGAACCCUUCGAAUAACCCUUUAUGGUUGCAGGUAGAACCCUUUUGGUUCCAGGUAGAACCCUUUUGGAUUCCAUGAAGAACCAUUUCUACAGAGGGUUCUACAUGGAACCCAAAAGGGUUCUACCUGGAACAAAAAAGGGUUCUACCUGGAACCAAAAAGGGUUCUCCUAUGGGGACAGCCGAAUAACUAUUUUGGAACCCUUUUUUCUAAGAGUGUACAGACAUACAGAUACAUGUUCGCUGUUGUACCCAAUAUCAAACUGACGCUCAAGGAUAUCUUUUGAAGUAUAACUUCUUUGUCAGUGAUGGUUCAUAUUAGAUAGGAUGUGUUUAUGUUGACGUUUAUUUACCUUUUUUGCUGGUAAUUGGCGUCAUCUGGAGUCUUACUUUUCACUGUUUAUUCUCUGCUGUCAUGAGGAUGUGUUUUGAAAAGGGACGAGAGAGAGAGAGAGAGGGAGGGACAAAUAGAAAAAAGAGCGAGAGAGGGCUUUGGGAGGGGGGAGAAGAGAGGGAGGGAUCACAUAUAUAUGAAUUAAUCUCUUUCAUGUCUGGUCCAUCUGGCCGGUGAGCACACAGUGUAUCUCUGUAGUGAGAGACAGACAACAGACUAGAACCAAUUAACAGGAUGAGUGUGUAACGAUGUCCAUUUUGUCCACUCUGUCUAUCCCCUGCUCUGUGUUGUGGGGUAAUAGUAUUGGGUAUGUCUGAAUAGAAGUGGCCAGGUGAGUGUUUAAUGCGAGCGUGGCGCUUCGUAGUCCAUAAUCCGCAGGCGAUCCGAUUAGGUCUGAGCCCCAGGGAGACAACAAGAGCUUAGCAAUAUGUCAGCUAGCCCGACUACACCAUGGAGACCUAUGUCUGUGUGGACUCUCUUCUUCUCUCCUUCUCUCAAUCUCCCUACCUCUCUCUCUCUACCUCUCUCUCUUUCUCUCUCUCUUUCCCUCUCUAUUUGAUUAAUGCCCAUGCCACUUGUGAAGCUCCUGAGGUUGCCUUUUUAAUGUGGGUCAGAGGCUCGACCCCGCGAUGACGUCACAGAACAGAGACUGAGACUGAGACAGUUUGUGCAUUUUAAAAUCUAUAAUUCCCAUCUCUCUCUCUCUCUCUCUCUCUCUCUCUCUCACUCAUUUUUCUCUCAUUCUCCAUCAACUUGCCUGCUAGAAAAAUGAUAUUUUAAAGUGUGUGAAUAUCAGACAAAGAAUUUGAGAGAGGAGAUAACACCAAUACCCGUUGCCCGUUGGGGUUUUUGUGUAACUGUUUGUCAAAGAUUUCUCAUCAUCCUCCUUUCCCUCACUGCUUACCUCAGAUGACCAGGGAUGUGACAAAGGUGGGUAUACUGGUACAGAGAUGUCUGCAAUCCUCUCUCUCUUCUCUCUCUCUCUCUCUCUCUCUCUGUCUCUCUCCCUCACUCACACAUCACCGUGAUCAGGGAAUGAGGGCAGUGUGCCACAAGUUUUAUUGCCACCGUCAGAGAUUAGACAGGACAUAACCAUCCACAAUCAGGCAUAAUCAGAUACAUGGACAUGUGGUGACAGUUUAUACUCUAUUACUCUUGGGGCGGCAGGUAGCUUAGUGGUUAAGAGCGUUGUGCCAGUAACCGAAAGGUCGCUGGUUCUAAUCCCCGAGCCUACUAGGUGAAAAAUCUGUUGAUGUGCCCUUGAGCAAGGCACUUAAUCCAAAUUGCUCUGGAUAAGAGCGUCUGCUAAAAUGUACUCAUAACUUCCAUUUGACAAUUUGAGUUCUGUGUUUUGUAACUCCUUGGUAUGACUAUGAGAGGACGCUUACUGUCUGCUUGCAGGAUCCUGCUAGAAGGUAUUAUAGUAGAGGCAUCAAAGCUCUCAGCCCUCUCUCUUUCUUUUGGUUUGUGCAUGUGGAUUUGUGUCUGUGUCUGUGUCUGUGUGUGUGUCUGUGUGUGUGUGUGUGUCUGUGUGUGUAUGUGUGUGUCCCUGUGCUGCGGGGGUAGAUGAGAUCCCAUGGGUCCUGUACUGCUCUGCUUCCAGCUUAAAUCCUCCCCCACUGUAGGCAGCCUACGAGACCAGAAUAGAGAUUCACCCCAAUUGCAGUGUGUGUGUGUGUGUGUGUGUGUGUGUGUGUGUGUGUGUGUGUGUGUGUGUGUGUGUGUGUGUGUGUGUGUGUGUGUGUGUGUGUGUGUGUGUGUGUGUGUGAGUACAUGCAUGCAUUCUAAUAACAAACUGGACACACUCCAAAAAAUCGUACUUUUCAAGAUUAUUUUAAGCAUCUUAACUCAAAAUGUUCUGGUGUGCGCCCCAACCUUCAUAAGGUAUUCACUUUCUAAGUCGUGGACCAGCACCCACCCUACCUUAUAAGAACAUUACAUAAAGCAUAUUAUGGCAAUGCUGAAAGAGCCCAUACUUCGAGAGCCCAUACCUUCUUGUACAGUGGGGGAAAAAAGUAUUUAGUCAGCCACCAAUUGUGCAACUUCUCCCACUUAAAAAGAUGAGAGAGGCCUGUAAUUUUCAUCAUAGGUACACGUUUUUUUUCCAGAAAAUCACAUUGUAGGAUUUUUAAUGAAUUUAUUUGCAAAUUAUGGUGGAAAAUAAGUAUUUGGUCACCUACAAACAAGCAAGAUUUCUGGCUCUCACAGACCUGUAACUUCUUCUUUAAGAGGCUCCUCUGUCCUCCACUCGUUACCUGUAUUAAUGGCACCUGUUUGAACUUGUUAUCAGUAUAAAAGACACCUGUCCACAACCUCAAACAGUCACACUCCAAACUCCACUAUGGCCAAGACCAAAGAGCUGUCAAAGAACACCAGAAACAAAAUUGUAGACCUGCACCAGGCUGGGAAGACUGAAUCUGCAAUAGGUAAGCAGCUUGGUUUGAAGAAAUCAACUGUGGGAGCAAUUAUUAGGAAAUGGAAGACAUACAAGACCACUGAUAAUCUCCCUCGAUCUGGGGCUCCACGCAAGAUCUCACCCCGUGGGGUCAAAAUGAUCACAAGAACGGUGAGCAAAAAUCCCAGAACCACACGGGGGGACCUAGUGAAUGACCUGCAGAGAGCUGGGACCAAAGUAACAAAGCCUACCAUCAGUAACACACUACGCCGCCAGGGACUCAAAUCCUGCAGUGCAGACGUGUCCACCUGCUUAAGCCAGUACAUGUCCAGGCCCGUCUGAAGUUUGCUAGAGUGCAUUUGGAUGAUCCAGAAGAGGAUUGGGAGAAUGUCAUAUGGUCAGAUGAAACCAAAAUAGAACUUUUUGGUAAAAACUCAAAUCGUCGUGUUUGGAGGACAAAGAAUGCUGAGUUGCAUCCAAAGAACACCAUACCUACUGUGAAGCAUGGGGGUGGAAACAUCAUGCUUUGGGGCUGUUUUUCUGCAAAGGGACCAGGACGACUGAUCCGUGUAAAGGAAAGAAUGAAUGGGGCCAUGUAUCGUGAGAUUUUGAGUGAAAACCUCCUUCCAUCAGCAAGAGCAUUGAAGAUGAAACGUGGCUGGGUCUUUCAGCAUGACAAUGAUCCCAAACACACCGCCCGGGCAACGAAGGAGUGGCUUCGUAAGAAGCAUUUCAAGGUCCUGGAGUGGCCUAGCCAGUCUCCAGAUCUCAACCCCAUAGAAAAUCUUUGGAGGGAGUUGAAAGUCCGUGUUGCCCAGCGACAGCCCCAAAACAUCACUGCUCUAGAGGAGAUCUGCAUGGAGGAAUGGGCCAAAAUACCAGCAACAGUGUGUGAAAACCUUGUGAAGACUUACAGAAAACGUUUGACCUGUGUCAUUGCCAACAAAGGGUAUAUAACAAAGUAUUGAGAAACUUUUGUUAUUGACCAAAUACUUAUUUUCCACCAUAAUUUGCGAUGUGAUUUUCUGGAUGUCUUUUUCUCAUUUUGUCUGUCAUAGUUGACGUGUACCUAUGAUGAAAAUCACAGGCCUCUCUCAUUUUUUUAAGUGGGAGAACUUGCACAAUUGGUGGCUGACUAAAUACUUUUUUUCCCCACUGUAUGUGUGUAAUGCUAUGGCAGGCCUACAGACUGUAAAGCACAGCCAAGCAAAUAUAGCAAGGACCCACCCUCUCCAUCAUCAUCAUCAGCUUCUAUUAUUUUAUUAUUCUCCUCUGUAGUUCAUCUUCUUCUGUCUACUGCAGUUUGUUAUCCUCUUCGUCUCCUCACUCCUCUACUGUGUCUUGGCUACCUGUUCUUCUCCUUGCAAGGGAUUUCUCUUUCUUCCUCUCCCUUCUCUGCUGUCCUCUUUUCUACUUGCCCAAUUUUUCUCUGUCAGCAAUUUUCUAAUCGGUAUCUCUGAGUUGUGAAUAUACCAUCGUCGGCACUUUUGUUGCAUAUCCAGAGUUUCAGAGAAUCAGAUAUUGAAAUUGAUCUUGUUUUUUGCUUAGUUUAAUAUUGAAUUCAGCAGUUCUAGAGUUGUGAAUUGCACACGUUUUUGUAUGCUAGCUACCAUAGCUUUGUGAGCUGUCCAUUUCACAAAGCAAUGUGUGUGGGCCAGGGAGGCCCAGUUCCCUUUUCCAGUCGAGUGCCUCCAGAAGUGCCCCUGUACUCUCAGAGCAGAAGUGCUUGGUAUGUCUGUGUGGUGUCUGUCAAACCUCUCCCAUCAUGGCUGCCACAGUGGCUGCGGGCUCCGGCUGAGGUCAUGCUGCAACCUCCCUAUCCUGACCUGCUGGCUUAGUGUCCUACCCUGUGCCCACACCUCUGCCCACCGCCAACCUGCCUGACCCUGCCUGCCCUGCUUCAGAGCCCGCAGCCCCCCCUCCCCCUCUGUACCCCCCCCCUCCCCACCCCUCUGAUCCUUCCUCCAGGUUACUUACCCUCUGCUCAUCCCCCGCCCCCCUCUUCUCCCUGCUUGCCUCCCUACAGAGGACUGUGACUGUGAGGGCUAUUUCAAUGGACAGUACAUAGGUGAGAGUCUGCACGUCUUCCUCCAUCUGCCACCUAGACCUCUAUUGCUGUCUGAUGUCUGUGUGUCUGCCAGGACCUUGCUGUGUGCUGCUGGCUAACUGAAAUGCAGCUUUGGGUUGGGGAAUGUAUGGAUGUCCUGAGGGUGGGACUGGCUGGGGUUGGGGGGUCCGUGUGGGAAGUGAUGAAGAAGGGAGGAGAGAGGUGGAGAGAGAGGUGGUGGGGAGAGACAAUGCUGAGAGGAGACGGAACUGACCCUAGUUCAUUUGAUAGGGAAGACUGGUAUUAAAGGAGAGAACGUGAGUUCCAGCACCAGUUUUUCCAGCUAAAUAUGAGAGAGGGAGGGCGAAAGAGGGGAGUUUAGUUUCUCACUCUUUCAGGUGUCGAUAACAAAUUGGUCUCAUUACAUAAUUAGUGUAAUGAGAAAAGUGCUGAAGAGGGUGCGAUAGAGAGCGAAUACCAGACUUGAAACUGUUUUAUCUCCAGUAGAUAUUGAGACAUGGCUGCUAUGCCUCUCUGUUAGAGUAUUAACACAUCUUAGGAUCAUUAUCAGUUCCCCAGACACCAGAGUAGCAGUCAUUUCAGGGCAUUCAAAAAUGUUACUACUUGCUAAUGAGCGUUAUCAAUUGGAUUUAACCCUCAAGCUACCGACUGUGGUAAUACAGUUUGCAUCCAGACUGAAAUUGCAUUGGCACGACAACAUAAAGCUUUUCCCGUAAUCCUCAGCCCCCUGCUACCCUCCCACUGGCCUCCCCUCCUCCCACUGGCCUCCCCUCCUCCCACUGGCCUCCCCUCCUCCCACUGGCCUCCCCUCCUUCCACUGGCCUCCCCUCGACUCCUUCACCCCUACAUGAACUUGAGGCCCCUCCCCCCCCAUACCCCAGAAACAGUUGGAAUGAAAGACAGAGCACAUGGAGGGAUCUGAACACAGCUGACAGUUAAAAAAUAAAUAAAAAACAGCCCUCCCAUGGCAAGAAGACCAACUGUAUUAUUCUACACCUCAUUUGGGUGCCACUGCCACCUUCGUAAUGACACAGAAUACUGACAUUACUCCUUAUAUUUGGAGAUUAAACCCAGCACCCUUGCCCUGCUGCAAACUAAGUAGUGUUUGGAUCCUCCUGAGACUCCCCUCUUGCCUCUGCCUCUGCUGCUGCUAUGGCUGGUGCACCCCUCCUACCCUCACCCCCACGAGGGCCCUGCUGCGUUGGACGCAUUGCACACUCAACCAACCAGGCACGUUUUGCUGCUUGUUUCACCCUGUGUGGAGACUGAGGCGCGAGGCUGGGUUGUGUGACGCUCUAACGCCAGUUAUAGUCUCUCCUAAGUGUAAAGCAGUGGCGCCCUCCUGUGGCCAGGUGUUUUCCUGGGAAUUUUAUUCAGGUACUGUUACCGGCUUGUUCCCUCAGGUAUUCCCACUGUGCGCUGGCAGGGGGGAUGGGCACCCUUGGGCCUGGAGACACUGUGUGUGCGUGUGUGCGUGUGUGCGUGUGUGCGUGUGUGUGUGUGUGUGUGUGUGUGUGUGUGUGUGUGUGUGUGUGUGUGUGUGUUUGUGUGUGUGUGUGUGUGUGUGUGUGUGCACGUGCGUGUGUGUGUGUCACUCCCACUACACUGUGAUCUCCAGAGUUAGGCUGCCCUAUCCCUCCUGGUCCACUCCUGUAGCCCUGUGUCAAGCAGCAUGCCUCCUUUGUACUGUACACUGUUACAUGUGUUACAAAUGAGACCAUUGUUCUUCCUUGGCAUGGCAAGAAGCUCUCUCCAUUAUCAUUACUGUAGUAUUAUUUGUUGUUCAUUGAGUGAAGCCAAGUCUCCUUUAAAAAGAGAAAGGAGAGGCAUGAGCUUGAUAGUAAUAGCAGAAGUCUGUUUGCUUCACUCUCAGUCCCAGAGCUUAUUUCUCACUGUGAAAGUGGAGUUGCCAAACCCCUUGUCAGAUAUUAGCUGCAUGUGGUUGAUAUUUGUUGGACACAAUUGUAAAUGAGCAGAUUCAGCCAAUAUCUCACAAUGCUGCUGGCAGCCCAUUUACCUUGGAGAUAAGCACGGGUCAGGCUGUCAAACCUAUAGUAUCACUCACUGACUAAUGACGGAUCACAGCUUACCGCUAGUAUUUUAAUGGUCACAUGGUUCACUGGGGUUUUAAUGCAUGAUUAUUGAGGGUUGCACUUUCUUUGUUAUUCUAUAACCAACUUCUAAUAAUCCAACAAAUAAUAAUGUUAUGGUUAUGUUGGUGUUUGAUUUGCAUGAUAACCUUAUAUGAUGUCCUGAUAUGACAUGACACUGGUAUUGUACAUUUUAAAUGUUUGUCAGCAACACUAAUUGCCAAUUUAGAACAACUACAAGCGCUAUCUAAAAUGCCUUAGAGAAUACAGUUGUAAUUAUGUAGAAUGAGCAUGUUUUAGACAGUGUAUCAAAUCCCUUAAGUGGAUGAUCAUAUAUGACCUUUUGACCCUGUGCCUCCCUGCCUCACCUUUCUCUCCCUGCCCCUCCCACCUGCCUGUCCUGCCGUAGCCGGUCUGAGGAGGAGUUUCCGUCUGAGCCGAAAGGACCGGUCAGGAUCCCUCGGAGGAGGGGCCACUCCCGACCCCACCGACCCAGACUUCGCUACCUACGAGGAGGUGACCCGCUACCAGCACAGGCCCAAUGAGAGACCCCGCCUGGUGGUCCUGAUAGGUAAGACAACAGGUUCAGAAUGACAAUGGCAGUGUGGAGUCAUUCUACUGUGAUGAUACUGCCAUCUAGUGGUCAAUACUACAAACAGCAACUUCCUCUAGUUGUGUGGUGGCCUUGUCACAACAGCCUGAUCUCCAGAUAGCUCAUAUUCUGAUGACCAACUUAGUUGUGUGGGCCUUUGAAGUCUUAUCUAUGGUACUUGUAUGUCUAAUGCUAUUUAUGUUUCUGAUAAGUUAAUAAAUCAAAGUGCACAACAAAUGGCACAUCCAGUAACUAAUCAGUGGACUUAACUUGAUGUUGAUGCAGAUUUAUUUUCAGCAAAUAUUGAUUAUUUGUCCCUGAUAAUUCUGUUUAAAUAACUCUGUGCCACUCCCUCUCUCUACUCUCUCUCGUUCUCUUUUUCUGUCUCUCUCUCUCUCACUUUCUUUCUUUCUUUCUCUCUCAUUCUCUCUCUCACUCUCACUCACACAAAGGUUCCCUUGGAGCUCGUAUCAAUGAGCUGAAACAGAAGAUGAUAGCAGAGAACCCACAUCGCUAUGCUGUGGCUGUACCACGUGAGUCACACCUUCUAAACCUCACCCUCUUCUUUCUACAAUGAUGGCGAUACCCUCUAACACCCUAGUAAAGAACUGCUACGCCAGUAAAACAAUCACAGCUUUCCCAAUUUCCACUAUCACUCGUGUCUCCAGAUACCACCAGGCCCAAGAAGCCUCAUGAGAAGGAGGGGGUGGAGUACCACUUUGUCACCAAACAGGCGUUUGAUGCAGACGCUCUGAGCAACAAGUGAGUUCUCUUUAAUACUAUAUGGCUGAUCUGCAGGGCCAUAAUGUCCAUCUCUAUAGUACUCUGCUUUGUUUUGUCUGUUUUGUGCUUAGUUGUGUCCUGUGUGUCCAGGUUCAUAGAGCAUGGGGAGUACAAGGAGAACCAGUAUGGUACCAGUAUAGAGGCCAUCCGCUCUGUACAGGCCAAGAACAAGAUGUGCCUAGUGGACGUUCAGCCAGAGGUAGGGCCAAGGCACAUCCUCUGCAGUGAAGCAAAUCCCAUUCUGUCAUAAUGCACUGUACAAUAUAACCACGGCUAUCACAUGGAAUCUGUGUCACACCCUAUUCUGUGACGGCCCCUGAUGUUUCUCCUGUGGUCUCUUGGUGAGAGUAAUUUCUGUUUCAGUCAGGCAGGCUGCCAUAUUAGCUUGUGUCGCAGUUAUCCGUAGUAUCUCUGACAUCUCAAGAGGACAUUUCUCUGAUAGUAUCUGUUCUCUAAACCCGGUGUACUCUGUGUGACAAUCAGAGCAGACUGUGUGAUAUUGUGUCAGACUGUGAGUGUGAAAUUGUGUCUGACUGUGUCCUGGCCCCUCAGGCUCUGAAGACACUGCGGACAUCUGAGUUCAAACCCUAUGUCAUCUUCGUCAAGCCGCGCGUCCCGGAGAGCAGAUGCCGUCGUAGUGCUGCCACCUCACCAGCAGGGGGAGACCAUGGGCGAGUGACGGUGAGACCUGCUGUCUCUUUUUAUUACAGUGAGCCGAGUCUGAAAUGUGCUCAUGUGAAUGUAUCAAUGAGUUAUUUAACCUUUUUUCUGUUUCUCAAUCUUUUAUUUAGCGUGGCAUUCUUUCUCCUUUCCUCUUUUCUCCUCUGUCUCUCUCCCUCCUCGGGUGUUCUCUCUACCUUCCCUUUCUGAUUACACCUUUAUAUCCUCACUCACUCUUCCUGCUUCUUCCUCAUUUUCAUGUCAAUCUGUCUGUCUGUCUGUCUGUCUGUCUGUCUGAUUCUCCUCUGUCUGUCUGUCUCUCCCCUGUCUGUCGGUCUGUCCCUGUCAGGAUGAGGACCUGCAGGAAAUGCGUCAGUCGGCGCAGCAGAUGGACCAGCAGUACGGCCACCUGGUCGACCGGGUCCUAAUCAAGGAGGACUCAGCCAGCGCCUGCACAGAACUACGAGGCAUUCUGGAGCGGCUGGAGCGUGAGACCUUCUGGGUGCCCCUCUGUUGGGUCCGGAACUAACCCCCCUCUCCCCAACCACCACCCUCCAGAGGGGGGAUCACAGCCCCCCAGCCCUUCCUCCAGCAGGACCCCUACCCUACCCCCUCCCCUUCAACCCUUUCCUGAUCUCCUGGACCCCUUCCCCGUGGCUCCAUGGGCCAGCCUGUGGGGUGUGGAGGAUACUGCCCCAAACCCUGGCCUGAUACCUGAUGCUGGGCCAGCCACACUGGCACUAGGGGAGAAGGGCAUGCGGCAAACCCUUUGGAACAUAUCUGUGUUUGGGAUGUUCAGAGGGAAAGACUGUUGUCCUGGCUAAAAACCUGGCUGACUCCACACACACACACAUAUACAGUACAU